UUAGCGACUGAAGCAUGUGUUUAGCUAGUGAGCGAGUGAGAUGGCGGGUGUGACAGUUGAAUGUGAAAACAUCGAAAACGAAAAAAAUACAACAACAACAAGAGUACAACUACAAAACCAACAGCACCAACACACAAACGAACUAACGAUGAGAACGACGACGACAGUCAGUGAAAAAUGACGAACUGUGGCAAAGACAAAAAGUAAAAAGUGUUUGGCGAAAAAAAUUAUAAAUUUUCUUAAAAAUCUAUUGUUCUUAAUUUGUCCGAAAACAUCUAGCAUCUAUAUUUGCCAAAAUGGUUUUCAAUAUUUUAUUCAAGGAUCGUGUUACAAAGCCCCAGAAAAAGAUGCUAAUCACUCUGUUGAGGGAGACCAAAUAUAUGGAGGGCAAAAAAGAAAAAGAAUGGUAUUGGGAAAAGAUCCAGGAAGCCUUGAAUAAAAUUGGACCCAAAAAGACUAUAAUACAGUGGAAAAAAUGCUGGCGCGAUAUGCGUUUAACAACACGUAAGAAACUUGCUGAGCUUAAACGGUGCCAAAUGGCUGGUGGAUCCCCACCCCCAGGGAUUGAACUCAGCCAAGAGGAUAAUGAUAUUAUUGAUAUUGUCGGCACCGAAUAUUUUUACGAAGAAAUGAACGGCGAGUUGAAGCCCGAAAAUUUCAUGUCUGGUUUUGAUUAUGUUCCCGAACACUUCUGUGAUGCCAUACUGACUGCUGCCGCUGUAUCAAGUGGCCAACAGCAACAUAUGCAACAUCAAAAAGAGCAACAUGCGGCCCAACAACAACAACAGGAUCAUCACACGAACGAUGGGGAAACUAACGAUGCUCCAGGAUCGUCAAAUCACACUGACACUCAAGCCGGUGGAUUCGGCCAAGCGGGAGUAUCUCAGAUGACUGGUCAUAAUGGCGACCAUUCGAAUUCGACCGGGACUUUGCAACAGCACAAUAUAAUGCCACCACAUCCGGCAUUUUCUGGAGGCUUGCAUCCUCAUCUCAUGCGAAGGCAACAACAUGCUACGGCUGCCUUUCAUCGUGAAGCUGCCUUUGAGGAGAAAUUGCUGCAGUUCAUGCAGGAUGCCUUUCCAAAGAAGAGUAAAAAACGUAAGAGUCGUGAUCCCGACAAACUCUUCCUUUUAUCGCUCUAUGAGGAAAUCAAACGGGUGCCAGAGGACAUAAGAAUUGAUGUAAAGGGCGAACUUAUUCAGGUUCUUAAGAAGUAUCAGAAAAAGGCACCAGUGAAACAAGAAAAAACUCAUCACAAUCAUACGCAAUCGUCUUCAAGUUCUGGAAAAUCUUCUGGAAAUACAACACCCAAUGACAAAAUUCAAUUACCACAACAUACACAACUCUCGCACAGCAUGUACCAGUUGCAAAAAAAGUACGAUAAAAGUGAAAAGGAGCCCUCGCCUCAAUCGCAAGCUGAUCGUGUGCAACAGCACGCAAGAGAGCAAACAUCCACCACCACUGUGGCUCUGCAUGCUCCCCAACAAAUUCACACACUUUUCCAACUGCAAAAGAAAUAUGAGGAGACAACUGCGGAAAAGGUCCAUCAACAGAACGAGCAACGUAAACAUGUUGAUGCUGCCCACCAACAACACCAGGCAGCUCAUCAACAACCACCACCACCUCCGCCUUCCAACGAACAACAUCUUCAUCAUCCUCAAAUGCCACAUGGCAUAAUGUUUCCUCUUCCACAGAUACGCAACGAACAGCCUGGUGCUCAGCAACAACAACAUCACACCCACAAUCCCCACCAACAGCCCCAACAAGCCCAGCAUCCACAUCAGCAAACACAACAACAGCAGCAACAACAACAUCAUCCCCCCUCAAUAUUCGGCAACUCGACUGCUUCAGCGCCCGGCAUGAGUACAGAUCGUCCCGCCAUGCCCUACGAGAAUGUCGGAUGAAUGUGGAGUCGUUUGUGGGAAGCCGCCUGGGAGGUUCGUUUUCCCCUAUCGGCGGUACCAUUAUUAGAAAAUAGCACUAAUAUUAAUAAUGAUCCCGAAUAGACUGGAUCAAAAAAAUAAUAUUAAAAAAAAGAAAAAUUAAAACAAACGUAAAAUAUGUAUACUGACCUUUAAUUGUUUAUUCAAUAUUACAACUAAAACAAUAUUAUGUACAACAUAAUACACACACACAUCAAUACAUAUCGUCAACUAAAAUGCAGAAGAGUAAAACAAUUUUUUUACAUUUUAGAGAUAAGGAUGGAAUAAGAAAUAUCUCAGCCAUAGACAUGGAGAAACAUGUUAUUUAAAAAUUAUGAUUUUUAAAACUUUUUUGCCAAAAUCCAUUACAAAAUCAAAGUGGAUAUUUUGUUGUUAAAUUAUUUUGCAUUUUAGGUGACGAUAAAACAUUAAAUGUGAAUUUGUUUAUAUCAUUUCACUCAUACAUACAAACAUUUAUAUUAAACACAUACAUAAAUACUAUAUACUAACUCUAAUCAAUUGAAUAUUAUUAUUAUUUUAAAAGAGUUUGUUUAAAUGUUAUUUUAUUCUUCUUUCUUUUCUUUUUUUUUUGCAAAUCGUAAAUAAAUGUGAAUACAAAUUAAAAGAAAUAACAUAAAACGUUUAAUGUCAUUGAUCGUUACUAUCUAAAGAUUUAAAAUAACAAUUAUAAAACAAAACAGUUGUAAAAUGCGCUGAAUCUUUAUUGUUUAUAAGAUGUUGUGAGCACGAAAGGCCAUAGAUAAUUAUUCUAUUAAAAGAAAACGCAAGUAUUCAUUAACAAAAAUAAUUAAUUCUUUAAAUGCUCUGAAAUAAUAAAUAGCCACAAUCAAAUAUAAUUUCAGAUAUCAAAGUUAGAAAUCAAAUUAUAAAGAUAACCAACAUCGUUCGCACAUAUGAAUGACAUUUAUGAUGACACGAUUAUAGUGUGUGAAAUUACUCUCUGUAUGUGGUCAUCGCCAUCAUCUUUGAAAACUACCUAAAUGGACAUAUACUUUAUCGUCAUCACUUUAUUUUUCUUGAGCUGAUAUUUUUGAUAUAAGACUACGAUGAUGAUCAAAGUUUCCAUUGUUUGAUAACGUAUCAUCAUUUACAUACAUUUACAACGAAUUUCAACACGUAAAUGCUGCCAAAUUUUAAAUCGAUUUUAAAACAAUAACCAAAACAAAUUCACUCAAAUCUAAAAUGAAAUUUAAGUAUUGAAUAAACAUUACGGUUUCUUGCCUACUAAAUAUUUAUUUGCCUGCUGCUGCCUGCCACCCACUCAUAAAUCAUACACAUGUUUAAGUAUGCAUGUAUUUGUGUAUUGUUAUAGAACUAACUAGGUACAUUUUAAGUAGAUUCUUUAAGAAUAAUAAUAACAAUAAUAAUAAUGAUACGCUGCUCAAAUAAAACAAUUUACUUGUGGAGAAAAUGUGCUGCUUAUCACAAAAAUACUUUUAUUGCAGUCUCUAAAGAAAAUACACACUUUAAAACCAGGAGAGAGUCGUUAAUAAACUGAUUCACAAACAAAUGAUCGCAUUCUACUCUAGUUAUUCUGACUGACUGGCUGGCCGGCUGCUAUAACUACGAUCAUUCCGAUCAUUCGCAGCAGUUAAGGUCGUCUGAGUAGAAGUAUAUUUUUAAUUUCAUUUAUUAUUUUCUUAUUUUUUUCAUACGGGAAAGAAAACAAAAGUUUUAUUCAGCUGAGUUCUGUGCACUUUUGUUUAGUUCAGCUGACUAGUAUAAACAUAUUUACUUUAGCUGUUAUAUUUCUUGUAUUAAAUAAUUACAGUUAAACUUUCGUUUACUUUUUUAAUUAAAAAAAGUUUUAAAUAUAACUGUCUAUUGCGGGCAUAGAAUCGUUCGUCAUUGAUUCAACUAAUCAUCUUUCGAACACGUGAGAGUGGCCGGAGGAGCGG